AUGGCUGAAAUGACCCACCCUGUUACUGAAAUUUUAUCACCAACAUCAGAUAUUAUAACAGAAAAGGUUCAAGAAGUCUACAAAAUUGUUAAAGAAAAAGAUCCUAAAUUUUAUACAAUGUUGGAAAGUAAGGAAGUUUUAGAAAUGGCAUUCCCAAUUAAAUGGAUUAUUCAAAUGUUUACAAGUUUAUAUGAAAUGGAUGAUGUUGUGUAUAUUUGGGACAAACUACUAAGUGAUUCAUAUCAUUUUGAAUUACUAAACUAUUGUUGUGCUGCUUUUAUUUUGCUUAAAAAGAAAACUUUAAAAGAUACAAAUUUUUAUAACUUUGUAGAAGUAUUUAAAACUUCUAGUGAUGUGCCUGUUAAAGAGUUGUUUGAUAUAGCAGAUAAAUUAAGGAGAUCAAACAAAUUAUUUGAUGAGAUUAUGAAGAAAUAA